AUGAAAUCGAUUUUCAUAAAUCUUAUCGAUAGUUGCACUUCUUUGUGAAAUAUCGACAUAACAAUGGGUAGUGUUCGUGUAAUCAACGAUGAUAAUCAUUUCCAAGGAGAAAUGUCCUGUUCCGGCACUAAAUUAGUAGUGGUGGAUUAUACUGCUAGCUGGUGUGGCCCUUGCCAGAGGAUUGCUCCUGUGUUUGAGCAAUUGGCAAGAAAGUAUCCACGCGCCGUUUUCCUGAAAGUUGAUGUUGAUAAGUGUCAAGAGACAGCUGCCAGUCAAGGAGUAACUGCCAUGCCAACGUUUAUAUUCUACAGAAAUAAAACAAAAGUGGAUCGGGUACAAGGAGCCGAUCCCACUUCUUUGGAGAACAAAAUUCAGCAAUAUUAUGGUAGUGAAGAUUCAGACGAUGGUGAGAGUUCAGUCCAGGGUCAUAUGGAUCUAUCAACAUUCAUCCACAAGCAGCAGUGUGAGUGUUUGAAUGAAUCAGAUGAUCACCCGUUUGCUCAUUGCUUGACUAACAAUGGUGGAUACCUAGAAUCAGAUUGUGAUGAACAGCUCAUAAUAUCCAUCACAUUCACGCAGGCAGUGAAGGUACACUCGCUGAAGAUCAAGGCUCCACAGGAUAAAGGUCCAAAGACCAUUAAAUUAUUCAUAAACCAGCCACGAACACUUGACUUUGAUAUGGCAGACUCAUACCAAGCCGUUCAGGAGCUUCAACUGACCCCAGAAGAUCUUGAAGGAAUGCCAGUAAAUCUGCGCUAUGUCAAGUUUCAGAAUGUUCAGAACAUCCAGUUGUUCAUUAAGGACAACCAAGAAGGCAAUGACACAACACACAUUGAUCAUAUCACUUUCAUUGGCUCGCCCAUAUCGACCACCAACAUGGGCGAGUUCAAACGUGUUGCUGGCAAGAAGGGAGAAAGCCACUAGUUUUCUACAGUGAGGUUACUUAUCACCAUUACUGCAUUCUGUAGGUUGCUUCCAUAUCUUAUUUUAAAGUAACAUGAAAUAAAAUUUUGAAAAUGUUAUAGUUUUUAUAAUUUAUCAGUUAUGCAAGCUGUAUAAUAUAAUUCACACAAUGCAGAGCUUAGUGAAGCAGUUUAUGGAAAUAUUGGAACUACCAAUUUAAUAUGAGACUAUUGACUUUUUUUUUAUAAAGAUAGAAUUCAGUCCCUGAAACUGUUGCUACAGAAUACCGUUUAUCUUCAACAGCAGAGCCCCUGAUUUUUAACUGAAGUUGACAUAAUCAUUCAGUUUAUGCCAUAAGCCAAAUUAUGAGUAGCAGAACAUAAAGAACUGGUCUUGCCUGUUAUAAUGGUAUUGAUUUACACAUACCAGAGUUGUCCAGACUUGCUCUUGUGCCCACCCAACAUCCUGUGCAGUGGGUGCCAGGGGUCCCUUCCCCAGGGGUAAAGGGCAGCCGGGGCAUGACACAGACCACUCACCCCCCAUCUAGUGCAGUGGUUGACACCACCUCUCCUCCUCAGAACCUACAUGGCUUGUAGCAGGUUAGCUUUAUUUUUCCGUUACUUUGAAUUUGGCAUGGUCAGAGUCGCAUGUUUCUGCAGAGGUGUUUAGUUAUAUUUUUUCCAUUUGUGUAAGGAAUAUCUGGGUUCAGUUCUUGCUCUUUUAGAUGUGAAACUUCAUUUUGGAAUGAAGAUGUGAACUAUGCUGAUCACACCAUAAUUUUUUUCCUUUACUUUUGAAGUUGUUUGAUCUUUUGUUCUGUUUCUUACGGUAGGUUACCAUGUUACCAAGGGCAGAGGUCUUCAAAGUAUAACCUUGGAAGUGCCAUUAAGAAUGUUAAAUAUUUUUCAGAUAAUUAUGAAUUCUGAUUUUUAGAUCAAAGAAUAAUUGGUUUUCUUUCAAGAAACACUGUAAAGAAGUGCUUCAGAAGAACAAAAAAUGUAUCUCCAAUGGAAAGAUCUUUAUAGUAUUCUUCUAAUAGAUUCCAGUGAUAAUGCAAGUAGAACUUACUGAACAUGAGGUUGCAUAUUUUAAUUGUUCUAGUAUUGGUUAUUUAACUCCUGUAUCAACUAUAUAGCUUGUGUAGCAUCACUGUUUAAUUAAAAAUUAUGAAAGCCAUAUAUUCCCCAAUCUGUAAUUUGAACUUUUUUAAUCCGUUCCAUUAGUCACAAUGCCUUACUAGUAUUUCUCUAAAUGUGGUGCCAAAAACUAAUGUAGCCAAAUCAAGUCACUUUUGUGUUCAAUAAUGUCAAACACCACCACCACCACAACCAAUAACAACUUGAAAAUAAUAAGCCAAUACUACACAGUGUAUAUCAUAUCUGUAAUCGCAAGUACUUGCAAAAAAACCUGCCAAAUGACAGCAUAAUAUACAAGCACUGUGUUGAAUAAAGAUGAAGUAGAUAGCUACUGAAAAGUAGUUCCAUGUGGAGAGAAAACAUUUUCAGGCAGAGUUAAUAAGGGAAAUGUUUAAGCUGUCAAGUGUGUGGCACUGGUCCCAGGACAAUGAAACAUAUUGUUACCAAGGAAAAAUGUAAUAAGAAUAAAAAUAUAGUGGUAUUAA